CGGGAGAGGGGAAUCUGGAGCCCCCGCUCCCGCGCAGACAGCCUGCACCCCGCUCCCCUUCCUGCGCGGAGGCGCUAUCCGGCGGGGCCGCAAAAGACCGCCCCCGCUCCGGUCUGCUCCGCUCGGCGCCACGCCAGCCAGCCAGCCAGCCAGCCAGCCAGCCAGCGGGCGGGCGGGCUUGGGCCUUGGGCGCUGACGUCAGCGCAUCCCAGGCCGUAUCCCGGGAGACCCUGUUGCAUGGUGAUGGGUUGCCAGGGAGACAUACACCUUUUUCUCUGGGUCUGGGCCGCAGCUGCGCGGAGGAGCGCCCGCACGGAUGGCGGCGGCGGGUGCGGGGGGGAGUGCGGGGCGAGGAGCCAGGAAACACCCAGCAGGGCCUCCUGCCCCCAGGCCUGGCCGAAAGCUUCCAGCGCCACCCUGGGGGCCCCGUUAGCCAGGUGAAUGUUGGAGACACAGUCGCGAUGCUGCCCAAGUCACGGAGAGCCCUAACUAUCCAGGAGAUCGCUGCGCUGGCCAGAUCUUCCCUGCACGGUAUUUCUCAGGUGGUAAAGGACCACGUGACCAAGCCCACCGCCAUGGCCCAGGGCCGGGUGGCACAUCUCAUUGAGUGGAAGGGCUGGAGCAAGCCCAGUGACUCUCCCGCUGCUCUGGAGUCGGCGUUUUCCUCCUACUCCGAUCUCAGCGAGGGGGAGCAGGAGGCCCGCUUUGCAGCAGGUGUGGCCGAGCAGUUUGCCAUUGCAGAAGCCAAGCUGCGGGCCUGGUCUUCGGUGGAUGGUGAGGACUCUACUGAUGAGUCCUAUGAUGAGGACUAUGCUGGGACUGACUCAGAGCUGGCUGGGCAGCUGCCCCUGGGUGCCCAUCUCCAGGACCUCUUCAGCGGCCACCGGUUUUCUCGGCCUCUGCGCCAGGGCUCUGUGGAGCCCGAGAGCGACUGCUCGCAGACCGUGUCCCCAGACACCCUGUGCUCGAGUCUCUGCAGCCUGGAAGACGGGUUGCUGGGCUCCCCGGCCCGGCUGGCCUCGCAGCUGCUGGGCCAAGAGCUGCUCCUCGCCCAGCUGCCCCCGAACAGGGAAAGUGCCUUCCGCAGCCUGGGCCCCCUGGAGGCCCAGGACUCGCUCUACGGUUCGCCGCUCACGGAGUCCUGCCUUUCCCCUACCGAGGAGGAGCAGGAGGCGGCAGCCCCUUGCCAGGACUGUGGGCCCCGGCGCUUGGGCUCGGCGAGCAGCUGGGAACAGCAGCGGCAAGGCUCCAACGUGGCUUCCUCCGGCGUGGUGUCCUUGGAGGAGGACGAGGCUGGGCCGGACCAGCAGUGACCCCCGUCCCGCCCGGUGCCGGGGACGGCAGAGCCGUGGCCCGGGUGGUGUGCGCGGGCAUCAAGCCACCAAGCAGAGCUCCAAAGCUUCGAGGGCUCCCGGGAGCACUCACUCUCCUGUUGUGUGUCUUUGCAUGAUCGUGUUGGGAGAGGUGGCAGGGGGCCAGGCUGGGGGCGCAUGUCCUGCCCCCAACUCUUGGGGCUUGCCGGGGCUUGCCCGGGGCCCCUGGGGCAAUGGCCCCAGCUGUGGCAGACUGCAGUCAUGUUCAUGUUCUUAAAUCAAAAAUCGCCACAUACA